AGUGGCUUCUUUCCCAAGAUGGUAGUCCCUGUAGUUUGCCGUGUGGGAUACAGAAAAGUUCCCUCCCUGUGUUACAGGUUCUCUUCCACCUACAUCAGGAGGAUGAGAUAUUUGUCUGAGCUAAAAGAAGAUGACGAUGCUUGCAGACAAGCCUACAAGUCAGGAUCUUUCUUUCUGUUUCACAACCUGUCUCCCUUCUUGCAGCAAAAAGGAAAAAUGGUCUUGGCUCCAAAGAUAAAUGCACCAGAAAUGAAAAGGAUCCUCAUGAAACUCAGCCAGAGUGAAAGGUGGAUAGAGGAUUCCAUGCUGAUCGGCUGUUCAGAGGAGUGUACACCGUACUUUGCCUUGGACCUAGGAUCCUUAGAGAGAGCCGCCAUUGAAUCUGAACUUGGUGGAUCAUUUGCAGAUUUCCGGAAAGCAUUCUUCCAGUUAGAAGAGGAAGAUACAGUGCUGGUUUCCUCGGCUCAGGCUCUCCUUCGCUGGCAUAACAACAACAAGUAUUGUGGGAAAACUGGGCAGCCCACUGAGAAGAACCUGUCUGGGAGCAAACGGGUGUGCCACAGCAGUGAAAUAAUCUAUUACCCACAGAUGUCUCCAGUGGUUAUCACUUUGGUGUCUGAUGGGAGUCGGUGUCUUCUUGUACGGCAAGCAUCAUUUCCUAAAGGGAUGUACACUGCUCUCUCUGGCUUCUGUGAUGUGGGUGAGAGUCUGGAAGAGACAGUCAGACGGGAAGUGGCUGAAGAGGUGGGAUUAGAAGUGGAGUCUCUCUGGUAUUCUGCUUCUCAGCACUGGCCGUUCCCGAACAGCACAUUAAUGAUAGGCUAUCAUGCCACAGUGUGUCCACAACACAGCAAGAUCAGUAUCAGCAGAGAGGAACUAGAAGCUGCCAAGUGGUUCAGCCUUGAGGAGGUGGAGCAAGCCCUUAAAAGGCCACCAAACCCUUCCCAAGAGGAGAGCGACAGCCACUCCUUUUGGGUGCCACCUAAGCAAGCCAUCGCCCACAGGUUGAUUCGGGAGUGGGUUAAGAAGCAGGCCAUCAUACUGGCUUAGAAGAAAUAACAAGUCAGCCUUUGUUUCUGGACCUUUAUUGCAGGAAGGAGGUGCACCCUUUGGUUUGAGCUCUAGAACAGUGGUUCCCAACCUUUGGCCUGGGAGCCAUGGAGUUACUGCAAGGGCUCUGCAAAUCCAUGCAGCUUGGGCUGAUUUCCACAGUCUCCCACCUAUGCCUCCUCCAUCCACUCCCAGACUUGCCUCCAGAGCAGCCGUGUGUCAUCCAGCUCUGUGCAGGGCCAGCUGCUGGCUGGGCUUCAGCCAACUUGCUGCAGUGUGGUCAUGCCUCCCCAACUAGGUCUGCCUGCUUCAAAAUCCCAAGGAGGUAGGUGGCACCAGGCCAGCUUCAGCUGUAGGCCCCCCAAGGUGCAGUAGGCUAAGAGGCUGCUUUUCUACUCAAAAGAAGAACCACUCCUCAGGAGAGGCUUGGGUGCUGAGGCCAUAUUGGCUCUCAUCGCUCACCAACUCCCAUCUCCAGUGAUAAGCUAAAAAUGAACAGAGUUGUGGGCUGUGGCCCUUUGAGGAGCUGCUAUUGGGCUGGUGACUUCCUUGUGGGACUUCACUGGCCCUUUCCAUAUCUCUGCCAGGCUGGGGAAGUCCACAGCUGCAUAAGGCAGUCACUGGGGCCAGGAGUUUCACUGUGACACAGCGUCUCUCUCUUGACCACCCCAGGGCAGCCUGGUAAUUGUGGAGGAGGAGGAGUCACCCCUGGAUAAGGAGUGUCAUCCCACCUUUAUAAAGAACAGCCUAUCAACCAUUUCUAAAGUACCAGUUUGAUGAUGGUAGGAGCUGUGGAAAAGACCUGCUGCUCAACACAGGUACCCAGAGAUCUGACAGCAUGUUCUGGUGAUGAGGUCCCCCUUUCCUCCAUCGCCAUCACUAAGGCCAUGGAGUGAUUGAGCAUCCCUUCACUAUGCCUGGAUCCAGAACAACUGAGGAUUCUCUCCACAGGGAACAUUUUCUAUUGCAGUUUAAUCCUUAUUUGUCUUUGAUUUUGAGAGCUCUUCUGGGAGCCAACAUACCAUUAAAAGCCGGGUUAAGGUCAAAAUGUAUAAGCAUCCACCAUUUGUCCUCGCAAGAGUUGAAGGCCCAUUGCAAAAAUGGAUUUACUGCAUUUGUUGCAUUGAAAUCUAAACACUGAAUCAAGCUGUAUGUGGAACCAGAUCCAAGGCUGAAACAUUAAUUGCUUCAACCAGACCUUUUGCCUCCAAAAUCAACACCAGCCAUCUUGUUAAAUGGCUCCAUAUAAAAAAUAAGCAAACCCAGCUUUCUGUAAAAUGAAGAAAUAAUGUCUCACACAUUUAUGUAUUACUGUUUUUAAAUUUAUUGUGAUUAAUAAAAUAUUAAUUCAUUUUAAAGCA